AUGCGGCGCUCAAGUUGCCUAUCGCUGGCAUCAGCGGUCUGCCUUGCCGGCUCCGCCGCGGCUGUGGACGUCGUGUACGUGACCGACAUCGCCAUCUACUCCAUCCUGGCACCGUGUGCUAAAUCCGCCAUCUCAUACAACAUCGCGUCCGAAACGUACAACUCGAAAUGCGGCGACGGGGCGACCGACCUGCAAUCAUGCAUCUGUUCCAACACCAAGGAGCUGCAGUCCGUCAACCAGCGCAUGACGAGCGCGGUGACGUCGAGCUGCGGCACCACGGCGUCUGACGACGUCUGGAGCGCCUCCAAGAUCAUGGACAAAUACUGCAACCCGGCCAAGGCCGUAGCCUUUCCGACGCCGACGACUAAUGUUGUCAAUGCCUUCAUCACUGAGCUGGCCGAGAUCUCCUACUUGCCCCAGUGUGCGCAGUCGGCGGUUUCGUACGCGGUAAUGGGAGAUAACCGAGAGUUCUGCCCUGAAGAUGCGAGCCUCUUUGCCUCAUGCGUGUGCAAGGAUUCAAAGGUUCAGGUUGUCAGUCAGUCUCUGAGCAAAUCGGUCCGGUCAUCCUGUACGAACAACGACGACGUGACGGCUGCGGUUGGCUUCUUUGGCGAAUACUGUGCCAUGAACAACGGCACUACGUCCUUUGCGAAGCCGAAAAGUCCACCGGGAGACAUGACGUAUCACAUCACCGGCCUGCCGCAGUUCAAGUCUCUCAACAAAUGCGCCCAGUCAGGCGUCUCAUCCGCCGUUUUCGCCCAAAUGUCCUGGAACUGCGCCACCGGCGCUCAAGCCCUGGCAUCCUGCGUCUGCCUCAAGUCGGGGAUGCGCGGCAGGGUCUCGAGCACUCUCACCUCGGACGUCAAAGCGUACUGCUCCAGCACAGCAACGGACGACGUCACUUCUGCGAUGGCUGUUUUCGACUUUUACUGCAGCGCAGCAGACAAGAAAGUCGUCGCCACCGGCGCGGACUCGGUCUCGGAGACGCAGCCCACCGCCAUGAGCCGCACUGGCGCGACAUCGCCUAACGCGAGCAAGACAGCGGGGCCCUCGGGCACGGGAGGCGGCAGCGGAAGCUCCGACAGCAAGGACACGAACGGCGGUAGUGGGGGGUCAGGCGGCGGGAACAAGACGGCCAUCAUCGCGGCGAGCGUCCUGGGAGGCGUUGUCGCCAUAGGCAUUGUGGCAGCCAUCGUCUUCUUCAUCCGCCACAGGCGUCGGAAGCAAGCAAGAGGAGAGCAGAUCCCCGGGCCGCCCGAUGACAACCAAGGAAAGUCGGAGCUCGACGGCAAGUCUGACUGGACCGGCAGGAUAGGAUCGCCUGCAAGUACGAACCCGAUGCCUGAGCUGCACACGCCGAGUCAUUCCCCACGGCCAGAGCUGCACGGCGGCGGAGGCAUCGUCUCCGAGCUGGGCCCCUAUCAAGCUCCCCGGACCGAACUCCAAGGCGACCUUUCAUCCAACCAUUCCAACCAUUCGCCGCAUCAGCCAACCCCGUACGGCGUCAGUCCGAGCUACAGCCAGCACCCUCAGAGCCCCUACAGCGGUAGACCUGGGUACGAGGUGUCGCCUGCUUCGGCCCAGGGCACAGGGCAUCCGGGGUAUGCCCACGGCUGGCAGUCCGGCCCGGUCGAGUCAUAUGAACUCGACUCAAACAUGGGGAGGCGGCAUCAAUGA